UUUCCCAGUAUCACCUAUUGUUUAUACCAAUAAUGGAAAUCUAAAUGAAAAUACUGUUUGAAAGUGUAUAAACAUCACCUCAACAUGAGGAAUUUAACGAUUUACAAUCAAGAUGUUCGUAAACAUUCGAAUAUUGAAGAAUAUUCCAAACUUAAAUCUUAUUUUUGCUGCGUUCACCCGGACAAUGAUGAUUUUUAUUUUCUGACACAAUACGGAAUAGAUCUUACACCUUCCGAUAAAGUAAAGCCAACAAAUGUUUUGGAUUUUGAUCGUUACGGUGACUAUCGUCCGGUGGGCAUGGUCAGUUGUCAUCAUCUAGUUUAUUUUGCCUUCGAGUGUGGAAAACUUGUGAGUGUUGAUAUUCAUGAUGACAGUGGAGACUUUGAAGAUGAUGUCUUUGAGGAUUUACAAAUGAAUUUGCACUGUAUGAACAUGAGUCCUGAUCAGGAUAUCAUUGCCUUGGUUGGUAAAGACGGAACUGUCAUUACUGUGGACAUGAAUUUUCAAGUAAUUGCCAAGGUCAACUUAUUUUCAACUGAUUUUGGAGAAAAGCAGUUCGUAACAGUUGGUUGGGGAAAGAAAGAAACGCAAUUCCACGGUUCUGAAGGAAAGGCUGCUGCAAAAGCAAAACCAACAGUUUUUACGAAGUCCGAAACGGAUGAUGGAAUCCCUAGAAUAACUUGGAGAGGUGACAGCAGUAUGUUUGCCGUCAGUUUCAUAAAUAACGAAACUGGAACUCGACAAUUUAAAGUGUUUAGUCGAGAAGGUGUUUUGCAAUACACGAGCGAAUUAUUAGAUGGUUUGGAGGAAAAUAUAUCCUGGAAACCUUCAGGAAAUCUAAUUGCAACUACUCAGAAGCAACCGAACAAGCAUGUCGUUGCUUUAUUCGAAAGAAAUGGAUUAAGGCACAGAGAAUUCUCUUUGCCUUCGAAUUUGAAGCUCAAGGUAAAAGAUUUAUUUUGGUCAUCAGACUCUGAAAUUCUGACAGUUUGGGCUGAAAAUCUGGAAACAGGAGAUACGAUUUUACAACUUUGGACAGAAGGGAAUUACCACUGGUAUUUAAAGCAAACGAUUACAUUCGAUAAAGACACUUCAGUGAUAUAUGCAACGUGGAGCUUGGCCCCUAAAUCCGGAAAGAAAUUAGUAGUUUUGACACAGGAUCAUUUAAUAACUUACACUUUUCAAUGGACAGUCGAUCAUAGUCGAGGAGAAGAUUCGACUGAUAAAGCUGUUGUCGGCGUUAUUGACGGGGAAAAGGCUUUGCUCACGGGUUUUAAGGAUGGCAUUGUGCCACCCCCAAUGGCCCAACGGACAUUGGACGUUGGCGAAACAAUAAACGCUCUUCUUUUUGCUCCUGUGGGCAUUAAAGGAAAAUGUAUUAUCAAUUCUAAUGCAGUACUUUGUCUUUUGGAUAAUUACCGGUUGGCUCUUUACAUUGACGCAAACGAAUCUGAUCUGCAGUACAAAUUCGUCAAGAUAUAUAACAUUGAAUGGGCAAAUAAAAAUCUUUUGAAUAAAGGUGUGCCACUAAGUCUGCAUCACUUCCUCUGGUUUAAAGAGGACAUUGUUUUAUGCUCAGCUGUUAAUAAUUCAAAUCACAUGACUUGCAUUAUACGUUUAGAGGAUUUAAAUUCUGCAGAUGGUAAUCGUGCUUUUAUUGAGAAAGAAUACAAAAUGGAUUCAACAGUGGAUCACGUUGUUCCUUCUCCAGACGCAAACACAGCUUACGUUGUUGUAAAUGGAAAUGUUUUAAGAUACAAUGAAGAUAAGUUUAUUCCGACUGAAGUUAAAUUGCCAGAACAGUGUAUCAAAGUGGAAAUUAUCGAGAUAGAAAAAAAGGACGUGAUUAUUUCUUUAAGUUAUAAGCAUCGUUUAUUCGUCAAUGGGAAAGAAGUUUCCAAUAAUAUCAAUUCUUUCUAUGUCCAUUCAGACUUUUUGCUUCUUACAACUUUACAACACACCUUGAUUUGUUUUCCACUCACUGAGAAAGGAAUUAAGCAGAUUGCAUCGUGCGAUUUGACUCUCAAACCUUGGGAGAAUGGCAACAAUGAAAUCAUACCCUCAGAAUUGAGCAUCAGACGUGUGGAAAGAGGAUCGAGCUUGAUUCUCGCAAUUCCGAAAGAUGCGCGAACGAUUUUGCAAAUGCCUCGAGGAAACUUGGAGUGCAUUCAGCCCAGAGGACUUUCUUUACACAUUAUUGGGUCGCACAUCGAUAAUCUAAAUUACAAAGCAGCUUUUGAUCUAAUGCGAAAGCAGCGUAUCAAUCUAAACUUAAUAUACGAUCACAAUCCUGUUUCAUUUAACCAAAACGCACAUAAAUUCGUCAAUGAUAUCGACAAUGCAAGUUGGCUCAGCUUAUUCCUCUCUGAGCUCAAGGAUGAAGACGUUACGCAAACGACUUAUUCCAGUAGCUAUCAAGACAGAAUGCCCAGAGAAAACAAAACUCUGCAACAUAGUGAAAUCGGUGCGAAACCCAAGGUCGAAAAAGUCUGCGAUACUCUAAGAAAAAUAAUGGAAGAGAAGCAAGAUUCUGAUAGUUUCGUGCAACCGAUUUUGAUCAGUUUAGUCAAAAAGGAAAAAAUUGUUGCCUUCGAAAAUGCCCUGAGAAAAGUGAAACUUAUAAAAAGUCAGUCAAGUUCCGCGGAGGAAGAAGAAAGCUUUUCUGCAGAGGCAGCUCUAAAAUAUUUAUUGUAUUUAGUGGAUGUAAAUGUUUUAUUCGAGACUGCUUUGGGAAUGUACGACUUCGAUCUAGCAAUGUUUGUUGCUGAACACUCUCAGAAGGAUCCGAAAGAGUAUAUUCCUUUUUUAAAUCACUUGCUGAAACUGGAAGAAAAUUAUAUGAAGUAUAGUGUCGACAAACAUCUUAAGCGAUACGAGAAAGCUUUGGAACACAUAUCCAAACUGAAUGAUAAAUUUAGCGAGUGUUUAGAAUUGGUUAAAAAGCACGAGUUGUACAUGAAAGCUAUGAGUUUGUUUGAUACGAAAAGCAAUGAAUAUAGAGAAAUAGCGAGAGCUUACGGAGAAUUUUUUAUGAGCAAAGCGAAAUAUCAGGAAGCUGGAAUUAUGUUCCACAGAGGUGAAUGUCUUAAAGAGGCUCUAAAUGCCUAUAAAUUAGCUGGAAGUUGUGAAGAAGUAAUAAUUAUCGUUGUCAAAAUGAAACUUAGUUUAGCAGAAUCUUAUGAGAUUUACGAACAACUGGUAAAUCGUUUGAAGGGAGACAAGAAAUUUAAGGAAGCUGCAGAAAUUUUGAUGAAUUAUUUACAGAAAUCCGAAGAUGCUGUAGCUGUUCUGUGCGAGGGGAAAGCAUGGCGAGAUGCUUGGAAGCAAACACACUGCAUGAAACGUUUAGAUUUAAUAGAAACUCAUAUAAAACCAGGAGUGCAUGAACAUGCGAAGGAUCUGAUUGAACAAAUUCAGAAGAACAAGGAAGAAUUUUGUAAAUACAAAACAAGACUCGCUUAUAUCAGAUCCGAUGUGUAUAUCAAGCAAAUGCAACUUAGGAACGAAAUUCGAUUUGAUAAUGAACCAGAUACUGCCAAAGGAUUCAGUGAUUUACUUAGUGAAACAACCAGCAUUGUUGGCUCUACCAUGACUAGAACUUCCCAAGCUUCUAAAUCGUCUGGGAGGACUUACAGAUCGAGCAAAAAUCGUAGGAAGCAGGAAAGAAAGCUUAUGAACAUCAAGGAAGGAAGCGUUUUUGAAGAUUUGGCUUUGCUUCGAGCUUUGCAUCAAAUUAUUUCUAAUACUUACGCACAGAAAGACGAAGUGAACUUGGUUUCACAAAUGUUACUGAACUUCACUAACGACAAACUUGCAGAAGAACUGCAUAAUGUUUUUACCUCGUUUUUGAGUUUCGUUGAACAUGGAAAAUCUGAAAUUUGGAUUAAAAAGGUGGCAGAAGAAAAACUUGGAAUGAAAAACGAAGAAAGCUUCGAAUGUUCACAAAAUCAACUGCCUGUCAAUUUAGUUGAACCUCAUAUUUUCUAUCCUCCUGAAGUAAAAUCAAAGAAUUUUGGACUGGAUAUUUUUCUAUCGAAGAAAGUAGAACUUUUGUAAUUUACAUAUGUAGGCAAUCUAUUUUUUACAGUCGGAAUAAAUUUAUUCUUGGAAA